CGUACGGCUGACUUGACACCUGAAUUUCAGUCAGUACGGCAAUCCCGGGUGUUGAAGUUUCCCUUGACCUUGCUGUGGUGGAAACCAUGAUGCCCUUCCUCCAUCAACUCUCUACCGUCUUUGCCCAAGUACCAUCCUCGGACGAGCGCCCACAAACAUCUGCACGGGAACCCACAAUGUCGGAGUACAAGCUUUCUUGUCAUCGUCUCAGAUUGAAAGCCGGAUUCCCGCUUCAAGACCGCUUUUAUGAACUCGAUUCUCACAAGGAGAAUACUGACCGUCAGGUCGUCCUUGAUCUAUGUGGUGUCCUUGCCUCUGCAAACGGAAAUGGACGCAGCCCGUCAAUGGUUUUUGAUACCUUGGCGAUCUAUUUUGGCCUGGCGACCGAUGGGUUGUUGUCUGCAGUUUGCAAAGUCUCCUCGGGUGCAUCAGCUGGCGAAGCCUCUUUGACUAUGGUCGAAACCGAUGGCCAGAACGCACAUUUGCAUGCACAGCUACCAUUACUGUACAUCUGGCUCGAUGACCAGGUCUGGGCGGGAAUGCAGUACCUUGCAGAUGAUCUAAGUCUCUGGCUUGACUCGAUCGCGAACGGGGAGGAUCUUUCUACUCGAGACAACAUCAAGCUGGUCAGCAGCCGAUUCUUUGGUCCUAUGAGUACAGUUUCUGCGAUGGAUAUAUCUGUGGAACGACUGGAAGGCUUGCAACGAAAGACCCUUCGCCUUGAAAUCGCCUCGAUUUACGUCGAAGUUCAGGGCAGGGAUCACAAUUUGAAACUCGACGCUGCUACCGCCGAAGUCGAUAUUUACGCGCUUGAGGGCAAAGAGUCUGGAAACAUAGUAAACGUGGAUCUCGCUCAUCUAAAAAGCUCCCUACAUCAAGCUUCAGCUCCAGCGAUCACCCUUUUAGGAGAGCUUCCGGGACGGACCAAAUCACCCGCUUCGGCCAGACCGGCUUUAUCAUUGCGACUAGCGACUAUCCAAUCGACCCAAACCUUACUCAAGCAAACAAGCAUAGAUUUUAAUCUAUCAUCAUCCGCCUUGUACACCAAGGGUCGAGAACCUUGGAUGGAUGGGAUCGCAAAAGCUCUUCAAGCUCCGCGCGAUGUCUUCGUUGACGUCGCUCCCAGCGAUAUCACCAAGGUUUCCAUCAGCGUAGACGACGUCGCUAUCAUUUAUCGGACCAAGAUGGAAGGCGCGCUCUGCUUCGACGUCAACCAGUUUCGCGUUCGAACUACUAAAAGACAUCAUGCGGAAACCCAAGACUUCACCCUUAAGAGUGACGAGAUCAGACUUCACGCGGCUGAUGUUGAUGACAAAGCAACAUCGUCUCAUAUGCAGCCGGAAAUGCUACCUUGGGAGACAUCAUCUUACUGUGAUGUGGCUAAAUUGCUGAACUUUCGAGCUAAGCUGUCCCUGCGAGACCAUUCGGAACAGGUCCACAUCGAUAUCAAUCGCAUGGACACCACUGUUCAUGGCUGCACCGAUUCGUUGCGCACGACUGUUCAACAUCUAGGCUCGAUGGUCGCAUCCUUCGCCACGACGCCGGAACCUCCUGGAAAGCCGGAAACUGGACAUAGCCAUGAACUGCCCAAUCCUCAAAAGCCCGUAUUCCAGCGCGAUAUCGAUAUUGUAGAAAAGGCAUUCAGUCGCGAGGACAUGAAGCCCGCCGAGGGCGAUCUCCUUGACGACGAUCUGCCUACUCAUCGACAAUACUUAACGAUCUCAAGGAAGGGCAAACUGGACUCGGCAAAUCAAGAGGAUCUAAGGGGAGCAGACGGGAUCGCGAUAGAAUGUCAAGAUUGGUUCGAGAUGGACUUGGAUCAUCACGACGAGCUUUCAGAUCUCCUAGCCAAGUUAUCCCCGGCUACGGAAAAGUUCUCUUUACGGAUUGUCACCGAGAAUUGCAAUUUGAAGUUUGAGCUAUUUGACGGGUACGAUUGGGCUACAACAAGGCAUGUCAUCGAAGUUGAGCGGAAAGCCAUGCGACGGCAACUGCAACGUAUUCGCCAGGUCUUGGCCACAGGGCAGGAAGCUCCCCAAGAUGUUUCCGAAUUGAGCGGCUUUGCCUUCAAUUCUGUUCAUCUUGGCCUACCGGAAGACACCGAAUUCUCGAGCGCCGCGGAGCUUGCAAGUGCUAUCGAUAUCAGCCUAAAGAAUCUAGACAAUGCAUUGGAAGGCCAAACUGAAGGAUGGCAAGAGCUAGACGACAAUCGGCCUCCUACCGCUACUACAGUCGAGAGGAAGGCAGGAAGAAGUUUGAACCGAGCGUCGAGAGCUGGCAUCGAGUUCAAAUUACUUGGAAUCCACCUGCAAUACCUCAAACCUCUCUUUCCAAAUUCAUCUGGCUUCGAUUCCAGCUUGGAUCUUAGCGUGGAAUCGCUAGAGAUUCUGGAUAACCUUCCGUCCUCCACAUGGAAAACCUUUCUGAAGACAAGACCUGCUGAGCGAUCCGCACAUAGACCGCUCAAAACCGAACCCGGCGCAAGCCGAUGCCAAAUCCGGUGGUUCGGUUCUUCAGGAAAUGCCAGUUCGGAAGCCAGCUUCAAGCUGCAUAUUCUGCCCUUGAGAAUGCAUGUCGACCAAGAUGCUGUCGAGUUCAUCAAGCGAUUCAUGUCCUUUUCCCCUAAUCGACCCGAGGAAGAGGACCCGGCGGCGAAGACCUCCUCAACGCCGGCCCAGUUCAUUCAACGAGCCGAAGUCUCGCCCGUCGAGAUCAAACUAGACUACAAGCCGAAGCGUAUUAACAUGAAUUCGCUACGGAAGGGGCAUCUGGGCGAAUUGAUCAACCUCUUCCACUUUGAGGACAGCAAGGUGGUUUUGAGGCAUGCAACAGUCCGAGGAGUAUCAGGCUGGGGAGCGGUGUACGGUGUUCUCCUGCAAACCUGGAGCCCAGACAUUCGUGCCAACCAAAUGUCAGAUUUGGUUGGCGGCGCGGCCCCCGUACGCUCCUUGAUCAGGGUAGGCGAAGGUGUGGCCAACUUGGUGUUGCUACCGAUCGAGCAAUACCAGAAAGAUGGAAGGAUUGCGAAAGGUAUCCAGCGCGGCGGCAAGUCUCUCGCCAAAACAACGACGCUUGAGGCCAUCAAGGUUACUUCCAAGCUGGCAACGGGGACUCAGGUCAUACUCGAAAAGGCGGAAGCGGCCCUCAGAGGGAGCUAUUCCACACCCUCGGAAGUUAUCGACAAUGGUAGCGAGAAUCAACAGAAACAUAGCCGCUACGCAGAGCAACCUUCCGGCGCACGUGAAGGUUUGACGCAGGCAUAUACCGCAUUAGCUCAUGACCUCGGAUCCGCCGCGCAGACGAUCCUUGCGAUCCCGAUGGAGGUUCACGAGAACGCUGGCAGUGGGGAGGCUACUGGCAGGACUGUUAUUCGAGCCGUGCCUCUUGCAGUCGUUCAGACUAUGAUGGGCGUUACCAACGCAAGCCGAAAGACCCUACAAGGUAUUCGCAAUCAGCUGGAUUCGCAGGUGCAGCAGCAGCUACAGGAGAAGUACAAGUAACGAAACCGAUCACGAAACCCUAUAUUACGGCGCAUUGAUGACGUUGACGAAUACUACA